AUGCAUUAUCUUCACUACCGAUGCCACCACACAAUAUAUUCAUUCAAUCAUCCGUCCAUUCACUUAUUUAUCUAUUCGCUAAUGCCUUUUCGUGCACCUCCGCCUUCUUUCGGCUUUUCAAUCCCGUCUAAAGUUCGACCGGCCAUUAUCAAUAGGCCUCGGAUUUUUAUUCCUUUUCGGUUUAUGUAUUUUUUCUUCGUUAGCGUUUCGUUACUUUUUUUUUGUCUUUAUUAUUUUUAUGUUGAUUCUUUCUCGCUUGCAGCCAUUCUUCAGUUUUUUUUUACUUCUCUUGAGAAUGGUCCUUCACUUUAUUUUUCCCUCUUUACCAGACACACUUCCUUUCCUUUGAAACAAAUACCGCUACGCAACUGUAUUUCCUACUCGUAUUAUUUAUAUUCUUCAUUUUUGUCCCUACCUGAACUUACUUCUUCUUCUUCUUCUUCUUCUUCUUUGUACAUUUUUCAGUCAUCUCCACUUUUCCUUAUUUCGUUUCUUCUUCUUCUUCUUCUUCUUCUUCUUCUUCUUCUUCUUCUUCUUCUUCUUCGUACAUUUUUCAAUCACUUAAUUCAUCUUCAUUUUCCCUUAUUUCGUUUCUUCUUCUUCUUCUUUUUCUUUUCUUCUUCUUCUUCUUGUACAUUUUUCAAUAUCUUAAUUCAUCUUCAUUUUCCCUUAUUUCGAUUCUUCUUCUUCUUCUUUUUUCUUUCUUCUUCUUCUUCUUCUUUUUCUUCUUCUUCUUCGUACAUUUUUCAAUCUCUUAAUUCAUCUUCAUUUUCCCUUCGAUUCUUCUUCUUCUUUUCUUCUUCUUCUUUCUUCUUCUUCUUCAUUUUCUCUCUUUUUCUUCAUUUUCUUAUUUCGUUUCUUCUUCUUCUUCUUCUUUUCUUCUUCUUCUUCUCUUACAUUUUCUUCUUUAAUUUUCCAUUUUCCCUUAUUUCGAUUCUUCUUCUUCUUUUUUUUUCUUCUUCUUCUUCUUCUUCUUCUUCUUUUCUUCUUCUUCUUCGUCUUGGUACAUUUUUCAAUCCUUUAAUUCAUUUUCUUAUUUUUUUCUUAUUUUCUUUCUUCUUCUUCUUCAUUUUCUUCUUCUUCUUCUUUUUCCUCAUUUCGUUUUUUUCUUUUUUUUUUUCUUCUUCUUCUUCUUCUUCUUUUUUCUUUUCCUUUUUUCGUUUCUUCUUCUUUUUUCAUUUUCUUCUUCUUCUUCUUCUUUUCUUCUUCUUCUUCUUCUUCUUUUUUCUUCUUCUUAAUUCUUCUUCUUUUUUUUUCAAUUUCUUAAUUCUUCUUCUUUUUCCUUAUUUCGUUUCUUCUUCUUCGUUUUCUUCUUCUUCUUCUUCUUCUUCUUCUUUUCUUCUUUUUCUUCUUCUUCUUCAGCACCAACAACCUCCCCACCAGGCGAACAGACGCUUGUCUCUCAUUGCAAGUCUCCCCCCAUCCUUCCUAUACUUCCUUUCCAAUCAGAGCAAUUCCACAUCCCAGCCUCAUUCUAUCUUGCCCUGCUCAAACAACCAAACAUCUUUCAUCUCCCAUCCGUGGCAAAUCACUCGUGAAAAGGCUUAUUCACACUUCUUUCUUUCUUUCUUCUCAUUUCUCCCGGAAUCUUUCUUUCCUUCCUUACUUUUACAUUUUUUAAAAUCUUCCCUAUGCCAAUAUGUUUAUCUUUCUUCUUUUCUUUCUUUCUUUCUUUUAUUAACUUUCUUUCUUUUUUUCUUUCUUUUCAUUUUUAUUUCUUUGUUCAUCUUUCUUUCAUCGCAUUUAUUCCGGAAUCCUUCUUUCUUUCCUUCCACCGUUCCUGAUUUUCUUCUUUCUUUCUUUCUUUCUUUCUUUCUUUCUUUCUUUCUUUCUUUCUUUCUUUCUUUCUCCUUUCGUUUAAAAUAA